GCCUCCUCCGAGCGGAAUCGCCUUUGUCCCUCCGGCUGAGGCGAUGCUGUCGUCGAGCAAGAAAGUGGCCGCCGCGGAGGCCCCGGGGAGCGGCGCGGGGAGCGAUGGCGCUUCCGAAGCGCCGGCACCCCCGCCUCCUCCGCCGCCUCCGGCCCUCUCCGCUUCUUUGGGGGCCGCCGCCACAGCGGCGGAGGCCGGCGUCGCCUCGGAGCGCACGCCUCGUAAGAAAGAACCGCCGCGCGCCUCGCCGCCCGGGGCUUUAUCCGAACCUCCUCCCGCCGGCCCGGGCCCCGCCGUGGGCUCCGAAACGACCGGCAUCGCCGAGACCCCCGAGGGCCGCAGGACCAGCCGCCGGAAACGGGCCAAGGUGGAAUACAGAGAAAUGGAUGAGAGCCUUGCUAAUCUUUCUGAAGAUGAGUAUUACUCUGAGGAGGAAAGAAAUGCUAAAGCAGAAAAAGAGAAAAAGCUACCGCCUCCCCCUCCUCCCCCACCUCCUGAGGAAGAGAAUGAAAGUGAGCCGGAAGAACCAUCUGGGCAAGCAGGAGGACUUCAAGACGACAGUUCUGGAGGGUAUGGAGACUGCCAAGCAUCAGGUGUGGAAGGUGCAGCUUUCCAGAGCAGGCUUCCACACGAUCGAAUGACAUCACAAGAAGCAGCUUGUUUUCCAGAUAUUAUCAGUGGGCCCCAGCAAACUCAGAAGGUUUUUCUUUACAUCAGAAAUCGAACGUUGCAGCUCUGGUUGGAUAACCCAAAGAUUCAGCUGACCUUUGAGUCAACACUACAGCAAUUAGAAGCACCCUAUAAUAGUGAUACGGUACUUGUCCAUCGAGUACAUAGCUACCUGGAACGGCAUGGCUUAAUCAAUUUUGGCAUCUACAAAAGAGUGAAGCCUCUACCAACCAAGAAGACUGGCAAGGUCAUCAUAAUUGGUUCUGGAGUUUCUGGGUUGGCAGCAGCUCGGCAGCUCCAGAGCUUUGGAAUGGAUGUCACACUGCUAGAAGCGCGGGAUCGUGUGGGUGGCAGGGUUGCUACUUUUCGCAAAGGAAACUACGUUGCAGAUUUAGGAGCCAUGGUAGUAACAGGACUUGGUGGAAAUCCAAUGGCUGUGGUAAGCAAGCAAGUAAACAUGGAAUUGGCCAAAAUAAAACAAAAAUGUCCACUUUAUGAAGCCAAUGGUCAAGCGGUUCCAAAGGAAAAAGAUGAAAUGGUAGAGCAAGAGUUCAACCGUUUGCUAGAAGCUACCUCAUACCUCAGUCACCAACUGGACUUCAAUGUCCUCAACAACAAGCCUGUUUCUCUUGGUCAGGCCUUGGAAGUUGUCAUACAAUUACAGGAGAAGCAUGUCAAGGAUGAACAGAUAGAACAUUGGAAGAAGAUAGUGAAAACUCAGGAAGAACUUAAAGAUCUCCUUAACAAGAUGGUAAACUUGAAAGAAAAAAUAAAAGAGCUUCACCAACAAUACAAAGAAGCUUCAGAAGUAAAACCACCUCGAGAUAUUACUGCAGAAUUCCUUGUGAAGAGCAAACACAGAGAUCUUACUGCUCUUUGUAAGGAGUACGAUGAGCUAACCGAAACACAAGUAAAACUGGAAGAGAAGCUCCAGGAACUAGAAGCAAAUCCUCCAAGCGAUGUGUAUUUAUCUUCAAGGGACAGGCAGAUUCUUGAUUGGCAUUUUGCAAAUCUUGAAUUUGCAAAUGCCACACCACUUUCCACUUUGUCAUUGAAGCAUUGGGACCAGGAUGAUGAUUUUGAAUUCACAGGCAGUCAUCUGACUGUGAGGAAUGGCUAUUCUUGCGUGCCUGUGGCUCUGGCAGAAGGAUUAGAUAUCAAACUGAAUACAGCCGUUCGGCAGGUUCGCUAUACCGCUUCAGGAUGUGAAGUGAUAGCUGUCAAUACUCGUUCUACUAGUCAGACUUUUAUUUAUAAGUGUGACGCCGUGUUGUGUACCCUUCCCUUGGGAGUGCUGAAGCAGCAGCCUCCAGCAGUCCAGUUUGUUCCUCCUCUUCCGGAGUGGAAGACAUCAGCUGUACAGAGAAUGGGAUUUGGAAACCUUAACAAGGUUGUUCUGUGUUUUGAUCGCGUGUUUUGGGAUCCGAGUGUGAAUUUGUUCGGCCAUGUCGGCAGUACAACGGCGAGCAGAGGAGAGCUUUUCCUGUUUUGGAAUCUUUACAAAGCACCAAUCCUUCUGGCUUUGGUGGCAGGAGAAGCAGCAGGAAUUAUGGAGAACAUCAGCGAUGAUGUCAUUGUUGGACGCUGCCUUGCUAUCCUCAAGGGUAUUUUUGGCAGCAGCGCUGUCCCCCAGCCCAAAGAGACGGUGGUUUCUCGAUGGCGGGCUGAUCCCUGGGCCCGAGGCUCUUAUUCCUAUGUAGCAGCUGGUUCUUCAGGAAACGAUUAUGAUUUGAUGGCUCAGCCAAUUACUCCUGGACCAGCCAUUCCAGGAGCUCCCCAGCCAAUUCCUCGUCUCUUCUUUGCUGGAGAACAUACAAUUCGUAACUACCCAGCGACAGUUCAUGGAGCGCUGCUAAGUGGCCUAAGAGAAGCUGGGCGUAUUGCAGACCAGUUUCUUGGUGCGAUGUACACUCUCCCUCGCCAAACGACCCCUGCGGCAACAGCACAACAGACACCUCCUAUGUGAAGAUGCCAAUGCUAGAAACGGUGCAGUGGGCUCAGAAUCCUUGGCAUGGACUGUUACAAGCAAGUGGAAUUGUGUUCUGUAGCACUACCCCUUGGAGGGCUUAAUCCAGAAGUUGGAAAACAUCUGACCCAAUGGAGAAGCCCUUUGAAGGUAUCCAUCAUUUGAAAAUGCUGCUCUCGAUUUGCCAGCCCAAUUCAGGCCCACCAGAGUAGUGUUCAUACUACUCAGAAAAUAAACUGAGCCUCUCUCUC